UAGGAGCAACACCUCCACUACAACCACUGAGAACUUAAUUUGGCUUUUUGGACUCUGCCUCAGGAUGCAGGCUAACGGAUACGUGCCCCUCUACUACCAGAGCAGCCCGUGCUCUGCACCAACAAAACCGUCCUCUGGAAAAUCUUUUACAAUCGACGCGCUUUUAGCUAAACCGGACCCCCUCCCAAGCAGUGACCGGGCUAGUCCCGUGUCCUGCGGGGUCAAAUACCCAGCAGCUCCCGCCGCUACAAUGCCUCUCGCUGGAACUAUGUCCGGAGCGCCCUACGUCUAUUCUCACAACGUGCUGCACCCCGCAGUGCACACGCAGCCCGGAUACUCCGUCUACUGCUGCCCUCCGUACACGUACGGAGCAUCGUGCCGCAACACCUUUUACGCACAAGGUCCAAUGUCCAAAAUGAGCCCCAGUCUGCACUCCUUCAAAACCAAAGGGGGAAAGUCCAAGCGCCUGCGCACCAGCUUCACCAGUGAGCAGCUGUCGCGGCUGGAGAAGGAGUUCGCCCGGCAGCAGUACAUGGUGGGCUCAGAGCGGUUCCUGUUGGCCUCCGCGCUGCAGCUCACCGAGGCCCAGGUCAAAGUCUGGUUCCAGAACCGACGCAUUAAGUGGCGCAAACAGAGUCUGGAGCAGCAGCAGGCCAAACUAGCCAAACUGGGCCUGGCUCCGCCCAAAAGCCCCGGCUCCCAGGGCAACGGAGAUGAGGGCGACGACUUCUCAGACUCCUCAGACGUUGAUAUCGAUGUUUCAGACGACUGCAUCGACCACUGCUGA